AUGUCAGCUGAGCGCCGGGCGCCGAGCGUGCGUCCCCGCGGCCUUGGCGUCGCCGCCGCCGCUCAACUCGACGCCGACAUCCGCGCGUCUGCCGACGGACGGGGAGCCGCGCGUCCGGCGGAGCGCUCGUGGCGCGGAACGAGGAAGACGGCGGCGUGGGCGCCCGAGCCUGCUCUUCCCAGAGCGGCGGAGGCAGGCUGCGGCGGCGCGUGGGAGGGUGAACGCUCGCCGGCCAACGACUCGUGUGCCACGGCGGCGGCGGCGGCGGCGGCGGCCGGGCCGCCUGCGCACUCAGCGAAACGCACGCCAAGUGUCGUCUGCCCGCCGUAUCUGCCUACAGCACGGGCCGGGCAGGGCCACACCACUGCUGCUUUGGAUACGCCACUGCUCAAACUCGCUGUUCGGCGAUAUUCCUGCCAAAAUUCUUGA